AGAAGCUCUUCAAUUUCUUCGCGACUGCAAUUUCCUCGUGGUCGGCUGUCUUAAACAAAUAUUUAUCCAUUACUAAAAUUUUUAUAAAAAAUAAUUUUUACAUAUAAUGUAAAAAAACUAUUUAGCCAUUCAAUACUUACGUGCAAUAUUUUUUUACGAAAGAAGAAAACAAUGCUGUUAUUGAUAUAGUUGAGUAACAUGUGUCCAGUGUGUUGUAGAUCAACAUUGAAGCUUUACUUGUCACUUUUGUCACGGAAUAGUCAGCUGCCGGGAGUUGUGCGAUGAAGGCGGCCGACAGCGACGGAGCGUCAUGCCGUCCUGGCAGUGCUGCUGGACGCUGAGAUCAGGAAGCCGGUGGCCGGUUGUCAGGCUGGUAUGGAUACUAAGACUCCACCGAUAGCGUUCAAGCAUCAGGAGAAGAACAUUCAAGCUUUCAGAGCUGACAGGACCGCUAAAGCUGGAGAUCUAUCAUUGCCUCCCCUUACGCCACUGCCAAACGGAAGUGCAAAAAAUAAGUCUGCAAUUUUUGGUGUACAAUGGAAUAAACGGGUACCUUGUGUUGAUAAAAGUCAGGAACGGACUAAGAAACGGCCUUACAGAGUACUUCAAAUUGGAGCAACUCCAUUAAUGCACGCCUGCCAGCAAGGUGACAGAUCACGCGUGUUAAGAUUAUUAAAGGAACAAGAAGAAACAAUAGGAUAUCGUGAUCGUACCCUGAGGAACGCACUCCACUACUGCAUGGACGCGGCAACAGGAGGUGCAGUAGCUUCUGCUGCACCGGAACUCGUUAACGCUGUCGACGCUGAAGGACAUACUCCACUUCAUCUCGCAGUUAUUGCUGGAGACACGCAAUUAGUGGCAGUUUUGCUAGCUAAUGGAGCGGAUGUCAACGCAAAAGACUUGGAAGGACACAGUGUACUUCACUGGGCCACUGUUUGUGGAGAAGCAGAAUGUGUAAGAUUGGUGCUUGCUGCUGGAGCCAGACCUUCUACGCCAGAUUUAAGAGGCGGAUCACCUUUGCAUUACGCUGCUCAAUGUUGCGGUGCAGCGGUCACAGCAGAGCUAUCUGUUCCCAAGAAGGUCGGGUUGAAGGUACUGCAGACUCUUCUUGAAUUUGGUGCAAAUGUAAACGCAAAAGACGAAGAUGGCCGACAACCAAUUUUGUGGGCAGCUAGUGCUGGAAGUGUAGAAGCAGUAUUGGCUCUAGCAAGAACAGGAGGAUCAGCGGCUGCAGGAGCUACGGACAAGGAUGGCUUGACUGCGUUGCAUUGCGCAGCUUCUAGAGGUCACGCGAGGUGUGUAGAAGCGUUGGUUAAUUUUUGUGGCGCUCAACCGGAUCAUGUUGAUGAUAAUGGAUGCUCGGCGCUUCAUUAUGCAGCUACUCUGGGUCAUGCAGAUGCUACUGCGCUUCUUCUCAGGCUUGGAGCUGAUCCAAAUCGGCAGGAUCGAAAAGGAAGAACACCUGCUUUGUGUGCUGCUGCCAAAGGGCAACUUGAGACUCUGAAGAUACUUGCGCUACAUGGAGGCUCGCUGCAUGCAAGAACUGUUCGUGGAACUGGAGUAGCUCAUGAAGCUGUCUUGUCCGGAAGAAUAGAGCUUAUUGAAUGGCUGGCGAGGAAGAAACCCGCGACUCUUGAUGUAGCGACACACGAUGGCAGGACUCCGUUGCAUGUUGCUGCGCUUCAUGGGUACUUGGAUGCUUGCAAAGUACUUCUUGAUCAUGGAGCAAGGAUAAAUUCUGUUUUUCGGACCAGUAAAAGCGGUCCAAUGACUCCGCUGGAUGCUGCUUUGUAUCGGGGUCAUCGAGACUGUGCGAAGCUUAUUCAAAUGCACGGUGGGACGACUGCACAACAUUUACGAACUCACAGGACAGCUCCUAAUAGAGAGAACAAUAAACCAAUCACAAAUGAGAUGGGAUCCAAAAUAAGGAAAUUAGGAGUUUUGUACUCUAGAGACUGCAAUUCUAAAGUAACUUGUGCGCUUGUAGCAUCGAGGGAGACUCGAAGUUUUUUUGCUGCCAAGUUGAAAGUUAAACGUCGGGGAUCAAGUUCUGGAAGUGAAAGUGACUCUGGGAGAAAUCAUCGAGAGCCAGAUGUUUACAUAGAAGAACAUUGGGUGGAAAAACGUACUCGAAGAAGAAAUACUCCUAGAAAACACGAAGACCGACGAGGCAGCAGAAGUUUCAGUGAAGAAGAAGUUAGAUUGUCGAAAUCUUCACGUCGCGAUCGUCGGCGUAGAGCUCGCAGUGAGUCGGCUCGUUAUGAAGAGAGUGAGCCUGAAAAGAGAGACCGUAAGAAAAGCUGCAGUAAAAAACACUCCAAACAUGAAUAUGGAGAGUCGUCGAGUGAAUCUGAUGGUUAUACUUCCGAUGAUGUUGUUGAGUGUGAAAUAGAUAAAAAAAGUAAAUGCCAUGGAAGUCAAGAUGACGAACGCAGUUUAAGUGAUGAUAGCUUAGAAGUUGUUGUAGUUCGACGGUCGCUCGAAAAAAAAUCUGAAAAGGUUCAAUAUUCUGGAAGAAGUUCAAAAACUCCGAGAGAAACGUCGAGAGAAACUAAAAUGACAGAGACUAAACGUAAAAGUUCAAGAAGAAAAACGAAAACAGUUUCUUCGAGUAGUAAAGAAGAAAACGGAGCUACGGAAAAAAAUAAGAGUCGUGAGUCUGUAAGUGAAGGUUCUACUGAAAGAAAAGAAGGAAAAAGCAAACCGGAAAAACGUCUUCGGAAGGACACAACUGACAGUACAAGCCAAGAAGCUGUUGAGAGGGUUACUGUAACAGCUAUGGUUCACAAGGAUCAAGAUACUCCUAGAUCUGCUCAUCGGACACACGGUAGUGAAUCUAAACAUGAAGAUUUUAAAAUAGAUGAUGAAUUUUCGAAAAAUAAAAUUGAUGAUAUUUUAGAGAAAGCUGAUGAAAUGCAGAACGCUUUGAUGGCCAAGGCGGCUGACCUUAAGAAAGAUGUUGAUGAAAUACGCCGUCAGAUGUCUGACAAAAAGUCUACUGGCGAAAAAGACGAGGCUGAUGGUAAACAUAGGAAAAAGUCUGCGUCAAAAGGUAGGAAAGAUAGUAAAAGUGAUGUGAAGGCCGCUUCACAAGAUUCCCAAUCGGAACUUUCAAAAUUACAGAGUCAACAUGAGGAGAAAGGUGGUGGGGAGAAAGAUGAUGCUACGACUAAAGAGUCAACUGCAAUGGAAGGUGAGAAAGUUGAGGAUGUUCAAAGUGAGACCAAAAGUCAAAAUCUGCAGAAAAGUGAAGAAGAGAUUAAAGAGAAGACUAGAGAUAAGUCUGUGACGGAGGAAGAUCGAAGUUCUAGCAGAGAUGAGGUGUCGGUUAGAAGCAAAAGAUCGAUUGAGUCAGGAUCUCAGACUAGUGAAUCUGAUAAAGAAUCUGUAAUUCAAAUAGAAAAAGCGGAUGAUAAGAAGAGUGAAGGCAAAAGUAGAAAUUUGGUUGAUGGAGGGAAAAAAGAAACAGAAGAAAUUAAAAAAGAUAUUGAGGUGGAAGAUGAAAAAAAAGAAGAGAUAAAUGCUGCAAAAGAAGUUGAAGUUAAUGAUAAAGAAAAAACUUUAGUUGAAGAUAAAAAGGAAAAAUUAGAUGAAAAAGCAGAACAUGACGACUCUGAAAAAGUGGAAUCAAUGAAAGUAAAAUCGGCACAAGAGACAGUGGCUCAAGAAAGCUCACCGUCAGCACCAAAGUCUGUUGACAAACAAGAAGCAGAAGGAUCGAUUUCUGAUAAUUUACGACACAUUGAUAGUUCAUCGAGUUCAGCAAAGUCAUCAAGAAAAUUAUCACAUUCACGACCGUCUACUGGCAAGAGCAGAAGAGCUAGCUCAAAGUCUUCAUCGAAAAAAAGUCUUUUUGAAAGUUCAGAAGAACGUUCACCCGAUCGAAGUGCCAUUGUUGCGGUCAUUGAGAGUCCAGAGUGGGAUGAGGAGGAUGAAGAAGUCGCCAAAGAAAUUCGCGAUGUUGUUGGUGACGCUGAACCAGAAGAAGAUUCUGAUGCAGAAGACGAAGAUAGUUUGGGAGUUCUCAGAGUUAUACCGAGCACAAGUGAAGAAGAAUCUCCAAGGCGAUUGAAAAAAAUUUUAAGAGAGUCAAAGAGAGAUAAAUUACCUCGAGUUGAAAGGAAAAGCAUCGGCAGUCCGCGAGGUCUUCGUACACAAACUAAACAGCGCCGAGACAGCGGAGGCAGAGAUAGUGGAAUCGAGCCUAGUCCAAGGGUUUCUAAGAUACCGAAGAGAACUCUCAAAUGCUGUCCCAAUACUGAGAAGCAACAAGCGCUGAAUAUUGACACUAUUACUCGUGAUGUACAAAUAAGCUUACGGAGGUAUCAUUUGGAAAGAAAAAUAUUUUUUCAAUUAAUGGAACUUAAGAGACUGCAGAUACGGCAUGGGAGAGCUAAUGAACAAGUUUUGGUGAAACGACAAGUUGAAAUGUUUCAUAAAGCUGGAAUGUCCGGCCCAGCUUUGGGAGUCGCUAAAUAUGAUCAAGCUUAUACAUUCAAAGACUUUGAAACUUUUCUUUAUGAACAAUUGCGACGUUUACAAAGAAGACCAACGUCAUCAGACAAGUGUACUGACCCAAAACAAUGCACAAAGAAAACCCACCGCUGUCAUCAUGCAACAAGCGCUUACACAUCAGUGCCUGUAUUCACUUACCUGGGCGGAGGAAGCCAAGAACGAGACGAGGGGUCUCUUUUUCCAAGAAUAGAGAGUCGGGGAAAGGGUCAAAUGACGGUCGAAGUAACAAGAGGUGAAGAGAAGCAAAUUAUAGCCUUGCCAGCUGAAAAAUUAGAUCGCACAAAAAGAUACUUUGUCACGUUUACAGUGAGGGGUGAUAACGAUGAAAGUGAUAUCAAGACUCCGCGCAACGCACAAAGAGCGACCAAAAGCGUGUGAAAUUUGAAAACUGCCAGAGGAAUAACUUUACAAAUCUAGGAUAUUUAAUAUAAAUUGUGUUAUUAUAAGAAAACAAAAUAGAUGUAUGUACUGUAUGAAAUUAAUUAAUAAAACUAAGCGACGUUGUUUAUAAGGUCAUCCGCAAAAAAAAAAAAAAAAAAAAACGGGACCAUUUAUCCGUCCAAG